GAACACUUUCUUUGGGGGAAGACUUAGGAGGAGAGGGAGGAGAUGAAAUAUUGAAGUGGGGAAAAAGGCAGAGAUUCAAAGUGAUUGUGAAAGACUGUGGCUUUUUUGACUGCACAGAUGGAUGAAAAGAACAGAGGUACAAAGAAGCAGAAAGAACAGCUGUAGACCAAGAAAUAACAUUUCCUAUAUUUUGCAGCCAUCUCUGAAUUCUUUGAGGAACAUCUUGCUUUAACUGAUUGCUUAAGGUCGUACAAUGUCAAAAGAACACCAGAAAAAAAGAAGUUUGUUCCAACAAACUGUGGCACUUUUGUGGAAAAACAUACUUCUGAAAUGGAGGAUGAGAAUGCAAACUUUUCAGGAACUGUUCUCAUCAGUUAGUCUUCUUGCUUCUCUCAUAAUUGUGACAAUCAUAUAUGUACUUGAGGAAAGUGAGGAAAUACCUAGGGCAUCCCUUGGACAACUGGAUGAUCCUGCCUUUAAUAUUACUGGUACUACAAUUUUCUACACUCCAGAUACAAAACUGGCAAGAGAAGUUAUGAAGAAAAUAGAAACCACCUCUGUCAUGCAAGGUAUAAAGACAGAAUUGGUGAGAGACGAAAAAGCCCUGGAAACAGCACUACACAAAGAUGCUCUUGGAGUUGUAUUUCAGGAUGAUGUUUCCUAUCGACUCAGAUUUCCUGCCUAUCGUGUUCCUUGGCCAGAUGAUUUAACUGGAAACAUAGAUUUCUGUUACAACUAUUCAUCACCAUAUUGCUCUUCUCCAAAGUAUUGGUUCGAAGGAUUUGUAUCAUUGCAGUCCAGUAUUGAUAGUGCUCUUAUUGAACAACUGACCAACCAUUCUGUUUGGGAUGAAAUGAAAUCCAUCAGUGGAAUCCGUAUGAGAUCUCCUUUUAUUACGCCUACAUAUCAAAUGGAAAUCUGUGUGUUCUUUUUUGCUGUAAUAGUGUGCUUUUCUCCAUUCAUGUACUUCUUGUCACAAAAUGUUUCAAGAGAGAAAAGGAAAUUAAAGGAGGUGAUGAAGACAAUGGGGCUACGAGACACAGCAUUCUGGUUAUCCUGGGGUAUUCUAUAUGCUGUUUACAUUGUUAUCACAUCCUGUGUGUUGGCAUCUUUUCUGAAUAAUUGGUAUUUCACAUGCAGCAGCUUUUUUGCCUUGUUCCUUCUGUUCUUCAUUUAUGGCAUCUCAUCCAUAUCCUUCUGUUUCAUGAUCAGUUCUAUUCUCAAAAAGCCUAAAGAGACAUCCUUUGUUGUUUUCAUCCUCAUUUUCUUUUUUGGAGGUCUAAGUAUUCUUCUAUUGGUCUCUAGAAUUCCUGCACCUUUGGAAUGGAUUUUGAGCAUCUUCUGCCCUUUUGCCUUUGGUGCUGGAAUCAUAAAGAUUUCUCUUUAUCAAAAAUAUGGGAAAGCCUUCAAUGUGACUGAAGUGAUGAUGGGACCAUGCCCCUAUGUCCUAUUUUUGGACAGUGUUUUAUAUAUGCUGCUGGCAUUGUAUUUUGACAGAGUGGUUGCUGACAAAUAUGGAGUGCCCUAUUCUCCCUUCUUUUUCCUAAAGAAGUCCUACUGGUUUAAAUCAAGAAACAGAUUACUGGGUGAUGUUUCUACCAAUGAGCGAAGGAGUAUCUUCAGUGAUAAUGUUGAACCUAUGCCACCUGAAUUUGAUGGGAAGGACGCAAUUAGACUAAAUAACAUUAAAAAAACCUAUGAAGUGAAAAGAACAAAAACUGAAGCCUUGAGAGGUUUGUCAUUGAAUAUCUACGAAGGCCAGAUCACUGCUAUACUUGGCCAUAGCGGAGCUGGAAAAACGACACUACUACACAUUCUCAGUGGACUUUCCAAGCAAUCAGAUGGUUCUGCAACCAUAUUUGGCUAUGACAUAUCAGAAAGGGAAGAUAUGGAACAAAUUAGAAAUAUAAGUGCUGUGUGCCCACAAUUCAACAUCCAAUUUGAAUUUUUAACAGUGAAAGAAAACUUAAAGACUUUUGCUAAAAUCAAGGGGAUUCUAUCCAAUGAUAUAGAAAAGGAAGUGCAAACACUUCUGACCCUUUUGGAUAUUGAUGCCAUUCAAGACACGCAAGCUAGUUGCUUAAGUGGUGGACAAAAACGAAAAUUAUCUCUUGCGAUUACUUUCUUAGGAGAGCCACAGGUCUUGUUUUUAGACGAGCCAACUGCAGGAUUGGAUCCCUAUUCCAGACAACAGGUGUGGUCCCUCUUGAAUGAGCGCAAAGCAGGUCGAGUUAUUCUGUUCACAACUCAGUUCAUGGAUGAAGCUGAUAUUCUUGCCAACCGGAAAGCUUUCAUUUCAUAUGGGAAGCUGACAUGUGUUGGUUCAUCUUUGUUCUUGAAGAAGAAAUGGGGUAUUGGAUAUCAUUUGAGGAUGCAUAUAAAUGAGUUUUGUGACUCUGAGAGGACUACAUCCCUGGUCAAGCAACACAUUCCUGAUGCUAGAUUAUCAGGGCAGCGUGAAAAUGAGCUGAGCUAUACACUGCCCUUAGAAAACAUGGAUAAGUUUCCAGCUCUGUUCUGUGAUAUGGACCACCAGACAGAUCUUGGAAUUGUUAAUUAUGGGGUCACCAUGACAACUCUGGAAGAUGUUUUCCUAAAGCUGGAAGGAAAUGAAAUGAUUGAUGAAGAAGAUUACAGAGGUCAUCGUGAAGAGCAAAUGGGAGAGGGAAGAAAGGGUGAAGUGGAGCAAGAUCAGUUGUUGCUCUCUGACACAGGAAAGGCAACAAUUAGAGGCAUGGCACUCUGGAGACAGCAAGUUUGUGGCAUUGCAAGAAUGCACUUUUUGAAUCUCAAGCGUAAGGGCAAAGUCUGGGGAUCUCUAUUACUUCUUCUUGGAAUUAUGCUAUCACCUUUAAUCCUUCAGGCUACUACUAUCGGUAUUUGGGUUAAAAUGCAUAAAGCAGAGCUUCAUCCUGGUCUUUAUUUUGAGCCAGGAAAGCAGUUGCUCACAGGAACCUCUGGACUUCUUAUCCUUAAUGAUACCGGUGCAAGCAUUGACAAUUUAAUCCAUGCAGUGAAGAGUCAGAAUAUCCAGCUGGAUGUAGUCUCUGGCAGCAACGUCAGUGAUCAGUUAGUACACAGUGGAGCAAUAAAAGUAGCCAUGAAAGACAAGAAAUACAGGUUCACAGUAAUGUGCCACAUGGAAGUGAUCAAUUGUUUUCCUGUGCUCAUCAAUAUAAUCAGCAACGCUUUCCUGCAAAUGUCAAAUUCUACUGCUCAUCUUCGAUUAUGGAAUCAUGCAUAUUUAGAAAUAAGGCUUACCCAAGGAGUUUGGUUUUAUUUUUUUCAAGGAUACAUUGUUGCAGCUGUUCUUUUAUUCCCAGCUUUCCCUCCAAACUUUUCAAUGACAAGCAUUCGGGACUACAAGAUAAAAACUUGGUCUCAGCUUCGGGUUUCAGGUAUUUUCCCUUCUGCAUAUUGGUGUGGACAAGCUCUGAUAGAUAUCCCUCUGCAUUGUAUUCUGUAUGCUCUAGUCUUUUGGCCUUGUUUGCUACAAAUAUAUACUACAAAUGGAAAGACUAUUGCCACCCUGAUAUUCUUUUCGGUGUCAUUUCUGUUUGGCUACAGCAUAUCACUUAUCUUAUUCCUAUAUGUGAUUGCCUUUAUAUUUCGCAAAAAAAGCCAUCCUAGCAGUUUUUGGUCAUUUAUCCUAAUUUUGGUGACACUGAUGAUCAUUAUUAUCCGGUUUUUCAUAUAUAUGCCGCAAAUUAUAAACUAUCUGGAUUAUCUGCUGACUUUUUUGGUUCCUAUUUAUCCAGCUAUCACCUUUUUAGAUAGUUACACAGGGCUUCAAUUUUUUCAUGAACAAGAUGAAGAAUUUAAAUAUAAAAAAAAGCUCUGGAUGUCUUCCUUUGUGCCAUAUCUCCACAGUGUAAUUUUCAUCUUUUUACUCUGCUAUCUGGUGACAAAAUAUGGCAAGCCAGUUAUGAGAAGAGAUCCUGUCUUUAGAAUUUCUCCACAGAAAAAGAGUAUCCAGCAGAAUCCUGAAGAGCCCAGUGAAAAAGAUAGAGAUGUUGAAGAUGAAAGGGCAAGAGUUCAAAGUGUCCUGGGAUCUACAAAUCAAGAAGAGAAACCAGUUGUCAUUGUCCAUAACCUGCGCAAGGAAUACAAAAGCAGAAAGAUUUGUUCCUGUUUGAAGAAGAACAAGACAAGACGGAAAGUGGCCACAAGAACUGUGUCUUUCUGUGUUAAAAAAGGAGAGGUUUUAGGGCUCCUGGGACCCAAUGGAGCUGGUAAAAGUACAACAAUUAGUGUGAUAACAGGAGACACAAAUCCAACUGCUGGACAGGUGCUGAUCAAAGGAGCCAGUGCAGCUACAAUGGAAGAAAACACUGGUGGCUUUCUUGGCUACUGUCCUCAGGAGAAUGCCCUCUGGUCCAACUUGACGGUGAAAGAACAUCUGGAGAUUUAUGCAUCUAUCAAAGGGAUAAGGAAAGAUGCAGCAGCUGCUGCUAUUGAUCGAAUAGCUCAAGCUCUAGAACUCCAAGAGCAUUUUAAAAAGACCAUUAAGACACUGCCUGCUGGAUUAGUCAGAAAAUUAUGCUUUGCUCUGAGCAUGCUGGGCAGUCCUACUGUGAUACUGUUUGAUGAACCAACUACAGGAAUGGAUCCCAAAGGAAAACGCCAAGUGUGGAAAGCAAUUCACUCUGUUUUGAAGGACCAGGACCAGGGUGCCAUCUUGACAACUCACCACAUGGAAGAAGCUGAGGCAGUGUGUGACCGAGUAGCUAUCAUGGUAUCUGGACAGCUCAGGUGUCUUGGAUCUAUCCAGUAUCUGAAAAGCAAAUUUGGCAAAAAUUAUUUGCUGCAAAUAAAAGUAAGAGGAGUCGAAGAAGGAGAGUUUCUGAAUACUCAGAUUCUCCAGAUCUUCCCACACGCAGCUCGCCAAGAAAGAAUAUCUACUUUAUUGGUCUACAAGGUCCCAAUGGAAGAUGCACUGCCUCUCUCCAAAGCAUUCUCCAUGCUAGAGGAAGCUAAACAGAGCUUCAAUCUUGAAGAAUACAGCUUUUCUUUGAACACUUUGGAGCAGGACAAAGUAGAAAGGGCCAUGCCUUUUCCUUGCAUUGCCGUAGAAGAAUCUCUCCCUACUCCAGAAGAGCUUGGCUUUUUUUUUUUUUUUAAAUCUAACAGAAGCUUUGGAAAGCUUGGGCAGCUUUCCUUAUUUUUGUCAAGUGGGGCCAUUUGGUCAGAUGUUCAAGUGUACAUCAUGGAUCACAACUGUCAGUUACAGAAUUUGAGUUUUCCUAGAAGUUUGCAAGGAACAAGAGCGAGAUAAUGCUGAUACAGUCCUGGAUACAACUUUUGAAUGGAAGCAUCUACAGGAGGCUGAUCUCUAAGUUAGUAACAACUUAGUCCAUUCACAGAAAGCAGUUUGUUUCUCAGUAAGGUCGCAUCUGGUUUGUAUCUUAUAUUGGAAGCCCCUUGGGGAAAGGGCAAUAUAGUUGAUGCAUAUUCCUCUGUAUGCUACCUCCCACUUUAUUCGUAAUGUACAUGUGUAAUAUUCAGAGACACUUUGAUCUCAUCAGAACAAAGUGCUUUUUAUGUUUGUUGUUGUUCUUGUUGUUUUGUUUCAAAGAAGGAAAUUGAAUUGGAGUGGUGGUGGGGUUAAAUUCAUGAAUAUCUUAAAAUGUAUUAUUCACAGCUUAACAUUUAAAUGGUGCUAUUGUCAUAAAUUUGAAAUGUGAAGUACCUUACUUUGUUCUAAUAAUACUAAUAUAACCUGAGUUAAAAAAUGGAUCAGUUUUUUUUUUCAGACAGGCAAGAACAGCAACACUGUAGUGGGAAAAAGUUGCUUAAUUGUGUGACCUAAAGAAAUAGUCUUCUGCACAUACAAUUGAAAGAAACCAAAAGACAUGGUACAAUGUUUUUAAUCAUAUGCUUGCCAGAAGUGGGGUUGUCAGGUUGGCUACAGAACGGGGCUUUUGUAACUUUACACACAGAUUGAAAAGAAGGUUGAGGUACCACAAAACCCACUCAAGAAGGACAAAAGGAACCUAACUUCCUCUACCUUCAAGCUCAGUCUUUCAGCUGCAGCUGUUCCCUCGCAACACACUCUUGCUUCUCCAGAGGAAAGUGGGAGAAAGAGCAUCCAGGCAUCAGCAACACUUGGCACUUCUCUGCCCUCUCCUCCUGCUCUCCAGCAGAGAGGAAAAGGCCACCUUGGGAGAGAAUGACUGCAUCUGAAAGUUUCAGUUUGAAAAGUAAGGGAAGACAGGUACCUUAAUCUAACAUGAUGGGAUGUUAUGAUAUCUUGCCCUGCUUCUCAGUCUGUUUGGGAUUAAAGUUACAAGAGCCCCAUCACAUAUCCAAUCUGGCAACUCUACAACUACUAGUGCUGCUGGUGCCCAGCAGCAGUUCAAAACAUGCUGCUGCCGGAAGCAAAAGAGCUCUUUCCCAUCUCCAAGUCAAGGUGCCCAAGAACAAUCAGGUUAGUUUGAUAGCUGAAACAGACAAUCUCACAAGCAUCAUUUCCUUUUCUGGCAGUAAAAAUAAAACAAGAAUAAGAGAUUACAACCCGAUCAACAAGUGUUUUCCUUUCAUGGCAUCCACAAUCAAUUGAGGUACACUCAAUUAUUAUUCUUCCAAAAUUCUUAAAAUUUGCCUCCAAACCCACACUACUAAGAAUUAUCAGUUAAUCUCAAUACUGAGUUGAAAUAUUACAAUACUUUUGUAGAUUGCCAUCAUCACACAGUAAGUGCAAUAGCAACUAAGGACAGUAUUAGCAAUAUGAACUGCAUAUCUUGUCUUUUGAACAAUAAAUGAUAUACUCUUGAAAAUACAA